AUGGCUGCGGCUGUCCAACUGCAAAACUCCAAGACGAUGAAUGGAACGCGCUACGAAUUGCCACAAACUGGCCUCGCAGCACUGCUCGGUCAAUUGGCGUUACCUGGAGAGGUGCAACUGCCCAGUGGGGCGGUCGUGCUUGUGGGAAAAGAUAAUGGAAAGCCAGUAUACAAGGUCGUGUUCCGCACACAACGUGCUUUGCAGACGCCCAUGACUGAGAUGGGAGUCGGCAAUGCGUUCGUUGCCAACGUGAUUGAUGUCGAAGGCGAUCUGAGUGUGAUUUUCAGCCUGCGCUCGCAUCUGUAUGAGAAGGUGCCGCUCAUACAGAGACUGCAGUUCAUAUGGGACUCCAUCAAACCGGCAACGCAGAUGAACUCGAAAGCCAUUGGCGAGCACUACCAUCGUGGUGACGACUUCUACCACACUUUCAUCGACAAGCGCUACCGCUUCUACUCGCACGGCAUCUUCCAUUCGCCUACAGAAAGUAUCGAGGAAGCGUCCGAGCAUAAGCUAGAAACGAUGUGGAAAGCUCUUGGUCUGAAGGAAGGAAUGAAGCUACUGGAUGCUGGAGGAGGCUGGGGUGGUGUUACACAGUACUGUGGUGCCAGGGGUGUACACGUCUCCACCCUCACCAUUGCUCCUGAUGGUGCGAAGUAUAUUGAGAGGCUCCUUGAAGACCAAGCACUCCCGGGAGAAGUUUACCUCGAGGACUUUCUCCUGCACAAGCCAGUGGAGCAGUACGACCAUGUAGUCAUACUUGGUGUAAUCGAGCACCUUCCGGACUAUCGAAGGUUCGCCAAAGCAAUGUGGGAUGUACUAAAGCCAGGGGGUCGUAUGUAUCUGGAUGGUUCCGCAGCAGUACAGAAGUUUGCUGUUAGUGCUUUCACCCGCAGAUAUAUCUGGACUGGUACGCACACCUUCAUGACCGCGCAGGAUGUGAUUACAGAACUGCUGUAUCACGGUUUCGAGAUUGUGGAGUUGGUCAGAGAGACUCGUGAUUACGAGUGGACUAUGCGUCAAUGGGCACAGCGACUCGAAGCGGCCCAGGGGGACAUCACAGCCCGGUGGGGUGAAGAGACAUAUCGACUUUUCCGGCUGUAUCUUUGGGGUGGUGCGCAUGCAUUUAAGACCAAUUCGCUACAGGCGUAUCAUCUUGUGGCUGAGAAGACGGCGUGGACAGGACCUCGACCUUCGACUAUGCAGCGUGUCUGGCAGUUCGCGAGGGAUCUCUGGUAG